UCCAAUAAAUAUGUGCAACGCUACUAACUACAUAUUGCUUCCAAUCAUAACAAAGUAUCCUAAGCCAUCACCCUAUAGCUUCCAUGGUGUCCAUAUUUCAAACGCUUCAGCUCAUGAAGUGUGUACACUUUUGGCUGUUUUUCUCAAUGUACUUUUGUCCACUCAUAACUAAAAACCCUUCUUCAAUUGUUGGUUUUUCCCUAACAAUUGCAUCUACUUCUUCCACUUUACAAAGUAGAGAAGCAAGUGCUUUGUUGAAGUGGAAAGCGAGUCUUGAUAACCAAAGCCAGGCUUUGUUAUCUUCAUGGAGUGGCAAUAAUUCAUGCAACUGGUUUGGAAUCACGUGUGAUGAAGAUUCGCUGUCUGUGUCUAAUGUAAGUCUCACAAAUAUGGGAUUGAGCGGUACUCUUGAAAGUCUUAACUUCUCAUUACUUCCAAACAUUCUCAAUCUUGAUCUCAGUGUCAACUUCUUGAGUGGAACUAUUCCUCCUCGUAUUAAGAUGUUGUCCAAACUUUCACAUCUUGAUCUAAGUCAAAAUCAUUUCUCGGGAACAAUCCCUUAUGAAAUGACACAUUUGACUAGUCUUCAAUAUUUAGAUUUGUCUUUUAAUUUUCUUAAUGGUAACAUUCCUGAUGAAAUAGGGAACUUGUCCUUCUUGUCACAUUUGUAUCUAGCAGACAACAAACUUUCUGGUAAAAUCCCACUUACAAUUGGAAACUUGACUAAUUUAAAAGAUCUUAUUGGUUAUGGAAACUAUCUUCUGGGACCUAUCCCAUUUUCUAUAGAAAAUUUGACUCAAUUAUCAUAUCUAGAUUUAGGAAGCAAUCAAAUUUCUGGACACAUUUCUCCAACAAUUGGAAACUUAUUGAACAUAGAAACGCUAUCUUUUCAUGACAAUAAUCUUUCUGGUCCUAUUCCUAGCGAAAUCGGAAUGAUGAGAUCUAUGGUAGAAAUUAGUUUGUCAAAUAAUGCUCUCUCUGCUAUAAUCCCUGCUACAAUUGGAAACUUGAGCCAUUUACAAUAUCUUAGCUUUGGUGGAAACCAUCUCAGUGGGGCUAUUCCCACCGAAUUGAAUAUGCUUGCUAAUUUGAAAUUAUUGCGAUUCGAAGAUAACAAUUUCAUAGGUGAAUUUCCUCCUAACAUUUGCCAAGGUGGAAACUUAAAAAACAUUAGAGCUUCAAAUAACCAUUUUAUAGGGCAAGUUUCAAAAAGUUUGAAAAAUUGUUCUAGUCUUAUUAGACUCUGGCUUGACAAUAACCAUUUUCAUGGAAACAUCUCAGAUGAUUUUGGUGUGUACCCUCAUUUGGAGUUCAUGGGAUUGAACGACAAUAAUUUUUAUGGUCACCUUUCAUCCAAUUGGGGAAAGUGUCAUAACCUGGAGCAAAUUAACAUUUCCAAAAAUAAUAUAUCAGGUUUUAUACCUCCCGAACUCGGUGAAGCAACACACUUAUAUUCAAUUGACUUAUCUUCAAACCAUCUUACUGGAAAAAUUCCAAAGGAGUUGGGCAAUUUGACUAAGUUGGGUAGACUCUUUUUAAGCAACAACCAUCUUUCUGGCAAUGUUCCUACCCAAAUAGCAUCGUUAAAAGAACUUGAAAUCUUAGAUGUUGCAGAAAAUAAUCUAAAUGGCUUCAUCAGAAAAGAACUUGUCAUUUUGCCUAGGUUAUUGGACUUAAAUUUGAGUCAAAACAAAUUUAGAGGAAACAUUCCUAAUGAAUUUGGAAAAUUUAAAGUCCUUCAAAGUCUUGAUCUGAGUGGAAAUUUUUUGGAUGGAACCAUACCACCAAUGUUUGUAAAGCUGAUACUCUUAGAAACACUGAAUAUUUCACAUAACAAUCUUUCUGGCAAUAUCCCCUCUUCCUUUGAUCAGAUGAUUAGUUUGUCAAAUGUUGAUAUAUCAUACAACCAAUUCGAGGGUCCACUUCCAAACAUGCGAGCAUUCAAUGACGCUACCAUUGAAGUUUUGAGAAAUAAUUCAGGCUUGUGCGGUAAUGUAUCUGGCUUGGAGUCUUGCAUAAAACCAAGCAGGGGUUCUCAUAACCAUAAGAUUAAGAAAGUGAUCUUAUUGAUAGUUUUGCCUCUUGCACCAGGAACUCUAAUGCUAGCAUUUGUUUGUUUCAAAUUCUCAUCUCAUUUAUGCCAAAUGUCAACCACAAGAAACAACCAGGUUGGAGGAAACAACAUUGCUCCUAAAAAUGUAUUUACAAUAUGGAGUUUUGAUGGGAAAAUGGUGUAUGAGAACAUCAUUGAAGCUACAGAAGAGUUUGAUGACAAGCAUCUCAUUGGAGUAGGAGCACAUGGAAGUGUUUACAAAGCAGAGUUAAACACGGGGCAAGUAGUUGCUGUUAAAAAACUCCAUUCAGUAACGAAUGCGGAGAAUUCUGAUCUAAAAUGUUUUGCAAAUGAGAUCCAAGUUCUGACAGAAAUUCGGCAUCGUAACAUUGUGAAGUUAUAUGGAUUUUGUUCACACUCACACUUGUCGUUUUUGGUUUACGAGUUCAUGGAGAAAGGUAGUUUGGAAAAGAUUUUGAAAGUUGAUGAAGAAGCAAUUGCAUUUGAUUGGAAUAAGCGGGUGAAUGUCAUUAAAGAUGUAGCUAGUGCUUUAUGCUAUAUGCACCAUGAUUUCUCACCUCCAAUUGUCCAUCGAGAUAUAUCAAGCAAGAAUGUUCUACUGGAUUUAGAAUAUGUGGCUCGUGUCUCGGACUUUGGAACAGCUAAGCUUCUUAAUCCUAAUUCAGACAAUUGGACCUCGUUUGCAGGCACCUAUGGAUAUGCUGCUCCAGAAUUUGCAUACACAAUGGAAGUGAAUGAGAAGUGUGAUGUGUAUAGUUUUGGGGUAUUAGCAUUGGAAAUACUAUGUGGAAAACACCCUGGAGAUAUUAUAUCUAACUCUUUACAAUCGACUAUCAUGGACUCGACACUUGAUUCCAUGCCAUUGAUGGAUGAGUUGGAUCAACGUCUCUUUCGUCCGAUGAAUCAUAUGUCUAAGAAGUUAGUAUCCAUUGCAAAGACAGCAAUUUCUUGCUUAGCUGAACGUCCACGAUCUCGCCCCACCAUGGAGAUGGUUUCCAGGGAGCUUUUAACGGCAUAGUCUUCGUCUAUAGAUCAUACAUGCAUCUUGAUGAAUACAUGCUUUAAUGUUACUUUUUUAUCUUAGUGUUUGAAACAUUAUAUUUAUCUCUGGCCCUGUUAUGUAUUAUAAGUCAUUUCAAUAUUAUUUCUGAACUUUA